AUGUCUCAUCCUAAGGAAGUUGGCGGCUAUAAACUCGGGUCACUUAGCAUCGAAGGCAAAACAAAACAGGUGUUUGACCUUCCGGAACAUCCAGGUCAUUGUCUUUUGCUAAAUAAAGACCGAAUCACCGCCGGGGAUGGCGUCAAAGCUCACGAUCUGGAAGGAAAAGUGGCUAUCUCUAACCAAACGAAUGCCAAAGUUUUUGAAAUUCUCAAAGGCGCGGACAUUAAAACCGCAUUUGUCAAAAUGGCCUCAGCAACUUAA